AUGUGGAUAAAACCCGAAGAAGUUCUUUUGGCAAAUGCUCUUUGGUAAUGAAACACGAAACUUUACGAUCGCUCGAAAGUUAGCUUCAAAACUGUUAUUCGAUUCACUGUUGCGUCUUUCAUUCUGCUUUUCAGGGUGAUUGAGAGAGCAAACCCUUACUUUGUGCUUCAACGACGAAAAGGCCACGGUGGAGGUGGUUUGACUUCACUUCUGAUCGGAACUUUAGACAAUGUUCUCGACACGAAGGUGGGCUUCUUUCCUCGAUCGAACAAGGCAUUUUGCCACAUGCCAAUUUCAUCUUUUUUUUGUAUACUUACUCUAAUCUUUAUGAAACACUGAAUCCGAAAUUUGAAGCUGAUGCCAAUGUUGCUCUUCGUUUAGCCUGCUCCAUUUCGCAUACUUUUACAACUGCCAAGCUCCGACAUAAGUUAUGGUGAGUCUUUUUCCUAAUCGAUUUUUUGAUUAAGGGAUUGUCCGUUAGGGAAAUGAUUUAUUUAUAUUUUUUUCUAACCUGUACAUGUACCAGCAUGUUUCAACAUGACACACAUUCUGCCAUGUUAUAUAUACCCUUGGUGUGCACAUGUAGGUCAUGGGAUUGUGAAUCCUUUUUUUUUAAAAUUCCUACUCAUUAUUUACGAUUGAAAAGAACAGCAAACUGAACUCAGUACAGAUAUACAUUCUAGUCUAAGCGAUAUUAGAAUACUGUAUUUGUAUAUUUUCUCUGUAUUGUUUUAUUGUUUUAGUCUUAACACCUUAACAUCAGUGUGAAUUCUUUUCAGAGAAUUCUCAACACAUUCCCUGUGGUAACAUCAACAGUAAUUUAUGUAUUGUUCAAGAGCCUCUUUAGUUGAUGAUAAUUUCCUUUAUUCUCAUGACCUUAACACCUGAUUCAGCAGUGAUACUCCAAGGAGAUAGUAGAUGUUAAUCACAAGUAGGGGUCAGAGGGUUAAGGAUUUGUUAAUUUACCUUGGAUAGAGGAAACAAUAAACUCCUUUUGACCAGACGCUCUACCAAAACAUAUACCCAAACAUAGAGUGAUCAGGUUGCAUCACAUGUGAAUUGAAAGGAAAGGAAGUAAUAUUGCACUUGAAGAAGCUAAUGGCUAAUAAAAUAACACUUGAAGUAUCACAUGUAGACUACUCUUGUAGGUUUUUUUGGUUCAAAUCCCAUGAAUUGCCAAAAUUAUAGUUGGAAAACAAGUUAGUUAUGCUCUUGGCUCUCCCUUGAGCAUAGGCUGUACUCCAGAUGACCUCCCUUGUCCACCUUAUCCUGUCCUGAGCUAGCCUUUGGAGUGUGGGCUGUAUGUGGUCCCAAUUCUUCAGCUUGGCCUGAACAUGUUACCAACAGGUGUUUGUUAGUUGUGCUCUGGUCCAUUUGCCAAGGGGAUUCCACUUCAAGGCUUAAUUGAUUUGUAUUUGAGUGGGUUUCCAGACCUGAUCUUUCCUACAGCUCAUCAGUAGCAAAACUGUUCCGCUAAUAAGUUUAAAACCAACAUCUAAGGAUGUGGCUUUAGCCGGCGUUGAAAUCAUCCUGGUGUUUAGCCAACAAUUUAACCACAUGUGGCAGACACCUUAAAUAACUGCUGUGUUGUAUUUUUUUUUUAGUGAUUGCAAGUGCAGCAUCAUUCCAAGAGAUUGAGGAGGACUGGAACUGGCUAACAAAACAUUUGCUUGGGACAUUAGGUAGGUUGUAGUAUAAACAGCCACUAGAAGGAUUUUACUUCAUCACUGGAAUCAAAUUUCCAUACUUAUAGGUUUUUAGAUGACUAUUGCAACAAUUUUCUUGAUUUAAAAAUGUUCUCUAGGCAUACCAGUGUUUCACUGGUUACUUGUUUUUAAAAAUGCAAACUAAUUUUUAAGACAAAGCUGCAAAAUACUUGUCUCAAUCUCAAAUUUUACAUGUACUUGUAACCCAGAUAUCUUAUUUCCCUCUACUCCAUAAGUAAGCUUAACAUGCCAUGACUGAUGAGUAGAGUAUUUCACUGAAACAGUGCAUUUUGUAUUCCUUUACAAGAACCAAGAUCAUGUAAAUCAAUCCCAGCAAUUUUUUGUUCUAUUCAACAGAAACUAUUGAAAGUGAAGAAGACAUCAGAGAGUUUGUGAAGGCAAAGAUUGAAAGUCUGGUGGCUAAUGAAACAGCAGAUCAAGACAUUGUAGCAGAAACAGAAACCAACAGAUUUAAGUCAGCUACAGUGAGAUUUCAUAGGAUCUUUAACAUCCCAGCUGAGGAAAAACUGGUUAACUGUAAGUGUAAAAGUUUAUUUUACUAAAAUUUUAUAGUGUAUAAGAAAAAAAAGUGAUAAAAUGAUAAGAGUUGAUAAAAUAUUUACAGGAAGGAACUUGAAUAUUUUGUCAGUGUUCAAGUGACCAUAAAUUAUUUUUACAAUAUCAGGCAUCCUUCUUUGUAACCCUAUUAUAGCUCAAAGUAUAUGUUAGUGUUGUUAUCAACUGAGUGUUAUCCUGGAUGCAGACAUAAUGGAUUAGAGGGAAUUGUUACUGAAAGGGGUUAAACUGGCUGCUGCUUAACCCUUUAACUCCCAUGAGUUACCAAGACAGAAUUUCUCCUUACAAUAUCAAUACAAUAUCAACCAGAUAAGUGAUGAGAAUAAAGAAAAAUAUUAAUUUUGGGGAUAAUUAGUCAAUCCAUUGUUUAUUCUCUCUGUCGGGCAAACAUUUUUAUUUUUUAAACUUGUAUGUAUAAGAUUAUUCUAACCUCUUCUACAAGAUCUUUUAGGACAGAGGGUAGCUAGGUCAUCAGUUCAGAGAGUUACAUGUCACCCUCUAUUAAUAAAGUUGUUACUAACUUACCUGGGGUCAAAUGCUUCUCAGGGUUAAACUGGGUUAAGUUAUACUCCACAUUUGUGUUUCAAACAGCACAGAUCAGCUGCAAUACUCAGCUUCUGUUGAUAAAUACUGUUUAUAUAUAUAUUUUUCAGACUAUUCUUGUAGCUUCUGGAAAGGCAGAGUUCCUCGUCAAGGCUGGCUGUAUUUAUCUGUUAACUACAUGUGCUUUUAUUCAUUUUUGAUGGGAAAAGAGGCCAGGCUUGUCAUCAGAUGGUUGGAUGUUGUGGUAUGCAUCUAAUUUCUCCUUACAGUAUCAUCCCUGAAUCACACAUUAGGGUUUCUGAGAAUAAAGGAAAUGAUCACAAACUAAAGAGGCUCUUGAUUGUCACACAAAGUCUCCUUGUCAGUACCUCAGGAAAUUUACAGAGAUCAGUAUAGAGAAUAUACAUAUUGAUGUUAGGAUGUAAAGAUUGCACAGUCUUUAACUGCAAUUCUUGCUGCUAUAUUAUUUUGCAAUACCUAGUACAGUUUUCAGAAUAUACCCCCUGUAGGAAAUGUAAAUGAAAUUUAACCCUCAACCCCACCUCCCAGGUAGAGAGACUUUUCUCUGAAAUAUUGGAUGAACUAUACCCUAGAGGGGUGGAGCAGAGGGACCAACUGAUAUGACCUUACAAUGUUCUCUAUGUUGUUUACUUAUCAUGCCAGUGGGUGAACCAGGUGGAAAAAUAUUUGGUUUGCAGUCAAAACAGUGAGGUCAAAAUAUCAAAACCAAGAACAGAAUAUUUCUGCAUGCAGCCCAAACUAAAUCAGAGAGCUUGUUGGGUGAUAUGGCUUUUGUAGCUUGCACCAUCAUACGUGACCCUCAUACUUGAAUUUUUAUUAUUUUCCAAUACAUGCACAAGUGCACACAUGACAUACGGGUCAUAAUUCUGAUAAAUAAACUUGUUAAAAUAUACCAUAGAUAUUGAUGAUACAGAAUUUCUCCAGUUUCAUAUCAAUUGAUUUUUGUAUGCUUAUACAAUGUAAAAACUGACUUUUCAUAUAUUUUGAUAGAAAAUUCAAUAUUUUAGUCUUUAGAGAGAAGCAGUAGUGUCCUAUUUACUGAUGGAGUCAAAGUCACAACAAGAGAAGGAGAGGUGAUUAUCUUCAGUUUCCACAUAAAAAAUGUCCUUUGUUGUUAGAAUGCUUUUUGAUGGAGUGUUUUGGAAUGAAAACCAAAGCAGUCAUGAUGGCGAAUUAGAGAGAAGGAAAAUUUCACAAGGAGUCAUCAAGUUAUUAGUUAUAGUAAUAGGACUGAAUGGAGUUCAAUUCUGUCUGUAUUCAUAUGAGUGAGAACAAAAUGGGACGACUGUGCAGUAGGAAUCUCAUUUGUUUAUCAUGGGUAUGAUUGCUGACCGAAUUGGACAAUGCAAAGUCUUUUUACCAAUUUAUCAUAAAAAUAACAAUUUCCUUGAAAAGAAGAAUAGCCAAGUUAUGAAAGAAAGGGAAAAUUGCAUUAAAAGACCGACAAAGGAGGCUUAAAUUGUUUAAUGUCGCUCCAUAAUCUGCAAAAUAAAGUUAAAGUUUGUACCUUGCAAGAUAAGAGUCUGCAAUUUGCAAAGAAAAUGGUGGGUUGGCUAUUUGAAAGAAGUGCUGUGCUAUUCAGCCAUAUAAAGCAUAUAUAUAUUACUUAUUUGAAAAAUUACUUGGUGCUGUGACUGUGCUGUUUAUAAGGUGUCAGCAAUGUGUUUAGUCACUGCAAUAAUUCAAUGUUUGACAUGACACUUGCCCUGACUGGACAUAAAUAUGAAAAAUGUAGCUUAACCAAAAGUGUAAACAGCAUGUUUCUGAAUAAAAUAUCAUGCUUAGUGGGAAAAUGAAAGUGUUUUUUCAAUAAUUACAGAUUUCCAUUUUCCGAGAACAGAUUUUCAUUUUGCAAGUUACACAUUGCAUUUUGCAACUUUCAGAUUAUUAGUUUAUUCUGCAAAUUGUAGAUUUUCAUCUCAAAUCAGUUUGUUUGCAAAGCCAAGAGUGUCACAGAUGUUUUUACCACAUUUUGACAUCUUCUGUGAUCUAUUAUUGAACAGAUGCUCGGCAACAUGGAAUCUGUUUGUUUUGUACAAUGAAAAAUGAAAUAUUGUUUAUGGUGAUGUCAAGUAUCUGGCUGUCCUCCAAGAGAUUUGUACAAGGAAGAACCAUUCAGGACAUGUGUAUCAUUCAGUUUAUCAUGUAAUUAAAAAUUUGUCAAGAGUACUGUUGGAAUUUGAGUGGGUUUCUUCCAGGACAGUCCCAUAGAUGCUUCUUAGUAAUUAUUCUAUGUUAGAAGCCAUGAUUGUAAGCCUUACUUUAAAAUUUAUUUUUGUAUUAUUUUGCAGUUCUGUUUCUCGUUGUUGCUUCAUAUAACAGAAACAUUUGGUCUCAUGGAGCAGCUGGCUAAUCUAGCCAUGCGACAGUAAGGAAUCAUUUUAGUCUAUGUAUUUACAAUGUACAGUAUGUUGCUUACAUGAAGGAUGAUGUGUCAGUCAGUGAUUAGAAAAGUACAACCCUACAACCCUUUGUUUAAUAUACAUUCUGGUCUUGAUGAGUGUAAUUUAUGUAGCAAAAGCUCUGGGAAAUAUUCCAUGCUCAAGAACUUGUUCUGUGAUGACAUGGUUUAAAAUCUUGAUUGGAGAUUUCUAGAACAUAUGUUCACCAGGGAUUAUUUGACUUUUCAAUGAAGCUGUCCAAAAUUCAAAUAAGACAGGUGAUAGUGGUUGGGGGCAAGUUACUUGUUUUCAAUGACUAUUGUGCUAACCACUUUUGAAUUUUUUUUAGCAUAGCAUAUUUUUGCUUUUGUGUAUGAGAGAGGGUCUACUUGCUGUAACUUCUUGCUUUCACACUUAUUUUAUUAUUUUUUUAGAUAUAUCUAUAUACAUGUAUUAAGAUAUUCCUCUGAACUGCAGAUAGCAGAUCCUAAUCAGGCAGCUAAAUUUUUCCUUAACUAAAUUUAAUUUUACUCUAACCCUAAGCAAUUAAAUUACACUGGAAUAAUACACAAAUGAAGAAAUACAUGUUAAAAGACCUAAAAAGAUACUUAAGAAAAGAAAAAGAGGAAAAUGAAAGACACUCAUUGUAUAGGAGAAAAAGUCCCAGAGUUUCUAAGUGUACACAAAAUUGUGCAGAACUGGUUCAAUUUGCCACAGUUUUGAAUGUUAGUAUUAUUUCAUCAGGCUCCAUAAAAUAAUUUUCAGUCUAUAGAAUAUUGAGAGGAGCUCUUUUUGUUUCUUUUUUGAAGGAUUUCUUCAGCAAAUUUUUAUAUUCACUGGGUAUUUCAUUCCAGAUUUUGACAUCAAGAUGGGAAAAGGCCUUGAAAGGCUUUAAAUUGUGACAGCCUAUGAUUCAAUACUAUUUGUAACAAUAAAUUCUGUUGAUUUUAUUUUCUUACAUUGUCUUUGUCAUAGGUUGCUAUCAGAAGAAGGUUAUGAGGAAGACAAAACAUUGCCUUUACUCACAAAGUAAGGGACUCAGUGUUUUGUUCUCAUUGGCUCAGAUUGUUCAUCAAAGCUAACAUUAGAAUUUCUCAAACCAGUAUUGAUGUUUUGCCUUUGUUUGUAACAAAAGAAAAUGAAAAUCAAACUGGUCUGCGAAUUUGUAAGCCUAGAAUUUGAAAUGAAAGUUAUGCACCAGUAACCCAUCGAGCAAGGGGUGGAUAAAUCUGUAUCUAGUGGGUAGCACAGAAUGCUUUGUCCACACUUACCAGCUAGGCCCAGUCAAUUUAGAAAAUACACAGAUCAUUACUGUGGGAGAUAAACUGUAAGCUGGCUUAAAGGAAGUCACCUCUCUUUUCUGAUAUUUUGAUUGUCAAUUAUUGCUAUUUGAGAACUGCUGUUUCAUUAUGGUGAUAUAAGCUUGCACAUAAACAAAGGCCUUUUAGGAGUGCCUUAACCCUUUAACUCCCACAAGUGACCAAGACAGAAUUUCUCCUUACAAUAUCAAUACAAUAUCAAGCAGGCAGGUGAUGAGAAUAGAGAAGAAUGUCAACCAUGGGAUUAUUAGUUGAUCCAAUACCAAAUUCUCUGAACUAACAUCAUAAGAACUGUAUGGCAGAUAGUAAGGAGAAUUACUAAUUAGAUCUUGGGAGUGAAAGGGUUAAAGGUACUAUGAUAUUCUUUGUUGUGUUUGUUAUAUUUGAGCGUAUUUGUAUCUGUGUCACAUUACACAUGUUGUAUGCUGUGUUAUCACAUGUAUUAAUUUUGUCACCUUUUUGCCUGAAAUGCUGUAAAGGGUCAUAAUUAUUUGUCUUAGUGAAUAGAUACAGGAAAAAAUUCCUAAUGAUGUCAUCUGCUGUAUGCAAUUGGUUGUAAGGACAAAUGAAUGUUAAGUUGUUUGUUCUAGAAUGUAUGCAUUAAAUAAUUAUUAUAUUUUGACUGACUUAUCAUAGAAACAGAGGCAAACAAUUGAAAAAGGUGCCAUCUCUGAAGAGAGACUUAGAUGCCAGAGCACACAGUGAAUUUUACAGGUAAACUAGAAAAAUGAAUUGAUGUGAGGCAUUUUUUUAUGUGAAUGUUAGAUUAUAGUUGUAGGAUAUAGAUGUGAGUUUUUCAUGAUUGAGGUGCAUGGUAAGUAUGUCACUGGCACCAAAGAAACCCCUCCCCCUUUCUGUAGGUAUGCCAUUGAUAUCUUGUUUGAUCUUCAGAAACUUGUUUCGGCUACCUGUAGAGGAGAAGCUUGAUGGUCACUGUGAAUGCACCCUGUGGAGUCCUCAUGAAAAGGCUCAUGAAUGGGGAACAUUGUACUGCUCUCCAAACUACCUCUGCUUUAGCAGCAAGGUGAGACAAAGGGCAUGAUAUGCACACCUUAUUUGAUAGUUUAACAUGUAGUAGGCGCGGAUAUUUUGCGAGCUCUGUGGUAAAAUACUGGUAAAGAACUGAAUUUCUAUUCGUAUUAUAUGUUAAAACAUCGAGAAAGGGGUUUAUUAUUAGCGCUGUAAAGUUUGCUUAAUGAAAAAUAAAGCCGAAAAAAAAAGGGAAACCUUUUUAUCGUUUAGCGGGGCUAUUCUGUUUCCCGUCCGUAUUUUUUCUCUGUUGUACAGUGUAAUACCAUGGCAUAUUUUGCGUAUUCCGUUGGCCCAGUAUGGUAAAUUGGCGUAGAAGUAAAACAGUGAUGCGGUAUAAAGUCAGUGAAAAUUUUGUCAGAGGUAGCAAGUACUGCUUUGUUGGUCCUUUAGGUCAGACAGUUAAUGUCGGUGGUGAUUCCAAUGAGAGAAAUUACACUGGUUGAAAAAGUGGAAACUUCAGCAAUAAUACCAAAUGCAGUGCACAUCACAACCAAAUCAAAGGUGAGCAUCUUCAGAGUAAAUUGAAUUAGUAUAUACUAAAACAGUGGAUGGCAUUGAAGACGCGCUCUGAUUGGCUACUCAAACUCUGAAUAUCAUUUGCUAUUCAUCUUCACGCAAUGCGCGCGAGAUUUGUCCCCGAAAAUAUUGUAAUCGUGGCAAGAAUAAAUGAGUUAAAAUCACAUUUUUGUGAUAUAUUAUCUCACUGCUUUAGUAUAUACUAAAUCAACUAUUCUCUUCGGUGUCCGUGAUUAGCAGUGGAUAUUUAUCUUGCUGCCUCGUGGAUCGGUGAAUGUCCAUCAUUAGUCAGGUCCAUUUUGGUGAGUAGUUGUUAAUUACCAUGAGGCAUUCCCAGCCUUGCAAGUCCUCGAAAAAGUUAUAUUUUUCAUGUUGAUACGGCACCUAUUUCACAAAAGUGAUGAACGCCGAAUUAAAUAGCAAGCAAAAGGGAGAAUUACUUCUCAGAUCAUUGGAAUGAUAAGGAAAAAAUAUAUUUUUAAAGGACUUUUUCAUUUUUCUUUAGUGAUUUACCGUGCUAUAACCCUUUAACCCUUUUACUCCCAGAAGUGAUAAACAAGUAACUUCUCCCUAUAGUAUUUAAACAUUAUCUAGCGAACAGGUCGUGAGAAUAUUCAAACUUAUCAGGUUGAAGGUGUUGUUGUUAUCUUGAUCCGACACCAAAUUCUCGUAACUUAUUUACAAAGAAAUGUGUAGCAGCUAGAGGGGAGAAUUAAACAUCAGAUCUUGGGUCAGUUAAAGGGUUAACUCCCAGGCGUGAACAAGACAGAAUUUCUCCUUACAAUAUGGACAUAACAUCAAGCAGAUUGGUAAUGAGAAUAGAUAAAAAUAUCAAUUAGAUGAUUAUUAGUUAAUACCAAAUUCUCUGAACUAACUUCAUAAGAGCUGUGUGACAGACAGUAAGGAGAAAUACUAAUAAGAUCUUGGGAGUGAAAGGGUUAAAAAAACUGCAUGUUGUUAGAUCUCCUUUUCCACUCUUUCUCUGCAGGCCAGCUUUUUGUUUGCAUCUCUGCAAGACCGAGACUAUCUGACAAGACUAAUUUCUGACUUCUUAGCAAAGACUCCAGAGCCAAAGUGAGUUUGAUGAAUGCUUGUUUUACAGCUUCAUGUAUUUUUUUUUUGUUUUGUUUUUUUUCAUGUUCGGUCAUGGUGCUUGUAAAAUCAUCUUUAAAGGUCUCUACUCUAACAUAGAUACGUGAAUCUUGUGCUUUUGUUGGAAACAGAUCCAGUGACAAAGGAGACUGGGACGUCCAAGGAAGUGUGACGAAGGCAACAUUCCAGCCGCCUCUCACCACAGUUUUCUCCAACACACCCGCUGCACAUGUGAAUGCUAAGGAGACUAUCAAAGAACAUUUGUGGCGGUUGCAUUUUGCAGACUACGGAAGGUAAAAACAGAUUAUUACAACUGGUUAGAUAAUGAUAUAUAUAUAAAUGAUUACUCAAUUUAGCGGGUCGUAUUUAUAUGUGCAGCCCGCACAUCUAGAGUUUUUUUUUAUUGAAAUCUUCUCCCUUUGUUUGAAUUCAGAGAUAACAUAAAUAUCUUACGAACCUCAUUUUUUCGUUUGCGCUUGGUUCAUAAAUCCGAGCGGAAAAAGAUCAGUCCAUAACUUACAGUACGACUUCGAACGCGGUUAGUGCAUAGGAACCUCCAAUUUCAACCCCAGUCUCUCUCGUCUUUCAGGAGGUGGAAAAAUUAGGGUCACUGGAAACGAGAUUGUCUCAAAAUCCAUUAACUUUAUUGGCGUUUUUCAGGGGUGUUUGUAUGUAUCGCACUGUCAAGACCCAGGAUUUGAUACUCAAAGGCGUUCCUGAUAGUCUGAGGGCAGAAGUAUGGCUAAUAUUCUCUGGUGCUAUCAAUCAGGUACAAGUUGCUACAAAUGUAGGGGUUGACGCGUAUUUCAGAUGAUAUAUUUGACUUGUGAUAACAAUUUUAUUUUCUAUUUUCUGGCUGCCUAGCUUCGCAGGAUCCAAUUGUUAUUCUAGGCAGCCAGUACUUUAAUUGAAUUUAUUCGUUAACCAAUCAUUUGUAAUAAGGCCAAAAAAAAAGAAUUUAGUCUCCUUCGCAGCCGUUGAUCUCGUCACGCAACGCGCUUUCUCCCCCUUCACCCUGUUACAGAUUACGCGCUGCGUGACGAGACUAAGCAACGGCUGCAAGGGAGACUAGAAAGAGUACAGACACCAGUGAAGAUUGGUGGAUUCAGAUUGUCAAUAGAUGUUUACUUUUAAGGUCUCGUUUGUCUUAAGCUCAGCUGUUACAUUACCAAAAGUGAUUAUCUAGUAAUCUCCCUGUUUGAUGGAGUAAGUGUCCAAGAGUAUCCAGGAGCGAUAGCGAUUGGCUCGGAAAACUUGCUCCACUUUGUCAACCAAUCAGAUUCAAAACUAAACUGAACACAAUCAAACACUGUAAGGGGGAACUCUGUCUUAGUCACUCAUGGGAGUUAAAGAGUUCGGCAAUCAAUCGAAAAGCGCUGGCCCAUGCAUAGCCAUUCAUUAUAUUCUCUGAAAAUGAUCAGUACCAAACAUACAGGACCGGUUAUUUAGACGAAAUCUAACACAAACCACGGUUGUACGCAAUGAGUGGGCUUCAACCUUUCUCUAUAAAAGGUUUGAUUGAAUUGAAUUCAUGUCUUUCCACUGAUAGCUAUUAGCCCUCUUUACACUGUUUACAAAAAUAAAAGUUCAGCUGAAAGGUUCAGUAAAUUUUGGAUUUGUUAGGACACAGGUUUAAUAAACAACUUGUAAACUUUGUUUAAAUAAACAGACAACAGGGUCUGAGAACAGUCAGGCUAAUUAGCCAGAUGGUGUUGUCUUUAUCGAGGAGCAAACUAUCCCAAUUAACCCACUAGGAAAUAUGUGGAAGCCUCAAGGGAGACUGGUACGGGUUAGAUCGAAAAGGUCAUAUGCUGAAUAUGAAGGAAACGUGUUUUGUCUCAAUCUGAACAGAUUCAAACUCACCCUGGUUACUAUGCCACACUGGUGGAGGAGUGCGAGGGAAAAACCACUUUGGCAACGGAGGAGAUUGAAAGAGAUCUACACAGGUGGGUGUAAAAAGAAAAAAAAAACACUCAGCAAGAGCGUUACGCUACAGAAAAGAAAAACAAAUUUGAUCUUGUUUGUUCUUCUGCUGUGAUACUAACGUUUUCAAUAUGGUAAAAACUAUUUUAAGCUGUAAAUCAUCUGCCCGUUGUAGGUCACUUCCUGAACACCCUGCCUUCCAGUCUGAAGUGGGAAUAGCAGCUUUGCGGAGAGUUCUGACAUCUUACGCCUGGAGAAACCCAAGCAUAGGUUUGUAUGUAGACGUAAAUUUGCAGAGGUAUCCAAUUUUAAGUGACUUCUCAAACCUGCUAUCAGCUUACGUUCUUUGCAUGUCGUGUAACCUCUAGGGUAUUGUCAAGCCAUGAAUAUUGUAGCAUCAGUGCUGUUGUUAUACUGCACAGAAGAAGAAGCUUUCUGGUUGUUAGUGGCGGUUUGUGAGCGUCUUUUGCCAGAUUACUAUAACACAAGAGUUGUUGGAGCUCUUGUUGAUCAAGGUGAUUGUCUAGCUACUUUCUUUUUUCGCUUUAUGGUUUUUGUUAGUAAAGUGUUGGUAUUCUAAACCUUUUUGUGUCCUCCAGGAGUGUUCGAGGACCUUACCCGUGAUCACUUGCCAGAGUUGUAUGAUCACCUGAUGGAACUUGGAAUUCUCAACAUGAUCUCCCUGUCUUGGUUUCUUACACUCUUCCUCAGGUAACUUUGGUUUAAAGUUUAGCUUGCCCAUCUUCCCUGGUAGCGGUGUUCAGGCUGAUAAAUUAUGUGCUAACGUGUUGAAAUAUGACUUGCGAAUGAAAGUUUUCUUUUGUGUUGCCACCCCUUGAGUGUUACAGGUUAAUAACAAGCGACCGUUCCCGUUGUAAUCAUCCCGCAGAUGUUGUUACGACCUGCAACGCACCUGAUAUCAACCCACGACCCAUUCACUUUGCUGCUUUACUCUUGCCCCCACCCGCCCCCCUCCAAAAAACCCUGCUUCCCAUGACUUUUCGUUACAAAAAACAGCGAGAGUAGGGGGGUAUAGAGCUAGAACAACUAUUUUAAGGCUAGAUUAAAUAAAGGUGAUGAAUGUUACGUUACAACUACUUUCAAAACACGGUGUAUAUAAAAUUUUUCCGUAGAUCCUAAUUCGAAUCCCAUGGUAUGGGCGAGGGCUUUUGUAAUUGCGGGUGUCGCUUAGAAAUCAAUUUCUUUUACUUAUACUUUAAGUUAUAAAAUUCAAUUAAGCUAGCGAUGGUGGUGGUUUGUUAAGAUAAUCUCUUUUGGGACGUGUUGUUUCCUUUCUUGUAAGACACUUGGGUUUUUCUUGUUGUUUUCAGUGUCAUGCCAUUUACCAGUGCUGUCAGCAUCAUAGAUUGCUUUUUCUAUGACGGUACCAAGGUAAAGACGUUUUGUCUUCUGAGUGGUAUAAAACCUGUAACUCACUUUAUUUGAUAAAUAUUUUUUCAUUUCAACUGAUCUUUUAUUAGAAUCUAUUGUUCAUCUCUGAGCGAUCACCAUUGUUACUUACUGAAAAAAUUUUUUUUGUUUUUGUGAACUCGUGAGUUUCUCUCCAUAUGCGUUAGAGGAAAAAUGAUUCUGAUAGUUUUUCGAGAUGGGUAGUGAUCCUAAAUUUUAUUCUAUUUGUCGUCUUUUUUAUUCUGUUGUUAAAAAUGAAGAACUGAUUCAAGAGCUUGCAACUCAAAGCUUACUUACAUUGCAACCUCUCCAUCUUAUCGUGAGUUCAACCAUCAAAAAACGAUCUUCUUCUUCCAGGUACUGUUUCAGAUUGCCUUGGCUACACUUGACGCAAACAGAAACAAACUUUUAGCUGUCCAAGACGAUGGUGAGGCAAUGACGGUAUUAGGGAAUUACCUGGAGCACGUGACCAACAGGGACGCGAUCACGCUGACCAAUUACCAAGGAGGUUACAACAAAAACAAUGGAUCGCCUUCCUCUGGGGUAAUUGUAUUGGGGAUUGGGGAGGGAAUGGUGUGAAAUUUAGAAUUUCUGCAGUAAUUAUUGAUAACUUUUCAAAUGACCAUCACAGAAAGAACCCAGUUUGUACAUCACGGCGGGAACUUUACUUGGAAGAACAUGUUGCCAACAAAACAAUUUUUAUAUUCAAAACGAAAACUAUUUCAUUGUCUAUCACAAACGUUUUGUUGUCGCAAACUCGUCUUUCUGUGCGAGAGAGGUGAUAAUGCAGUAAUGAGUCAUUCUUGCAUUAUCACGCACGCGCAGGGUUCUUUGUCAGACUGGCCUUGUUUAAGUAUUUCACUUUAGUCCAUGAAAGCGCAGAAGGUUCACAAAAGGAUAAGUAAUUGUUAUUAGUUCAUGAAAGCCUGUGAAAUUGUUGCUGGUUUGAUAUUGGACGAGGUAAAAUUUUGUCGCCCAAUUUCGAUAUUUUGCAGUUUUGGGAAAUCAGAGUUAGCAGGUUAAUUCCCGAAAGCUUUGGUCCAAAGCACGAGUAAUUCUAAUCUUGAAUUAAAUGCCACAAUAACGUAAUUUCUGUGGUUAAUUUAGGAUCAGUGUUAGGGCCGCGAGACACUUUGCUGUGAUAUGUCCUGGGUUCAAGUUAUGGCUAGAAUUCGUGUCGUUUGAACGGAAAGGGGGAGGAGGAUGAUUUCUAUCAAUUUUCCUUUUUCUGCGACGGAAUUUCGUGUCCGUAGCAAGUUGCACAAAUUAAAAGAGGCUUGAAUUUGUGCGAUGCUCGAAGUUACAAAAGCAAGUCGCUUCGGAUUGUCCCUCAAUGUAUCGCGUCCGUAUCUGUGGUUAAAAGUUCUUAAGUUUGACGUUGAAUUUGAAAUUUUCAAAAUGAGGCAAUUCUCACAGUGGUAGAAAGCAGUCAAGUAAUAUUUGAUAGUUUUUUUCCUUUUAGUACCACAGCACAGUGGAUGUAGCCAACCUUAUUUUGGAAUCAUAUCAGAAGUUUGGCUUCAUCACAGCAGAGACCAUUGACUCCAUGAGAAAUGCACAGAGACUAAAAGUUGUUCAGGUAUGGAGACGCGUCACGGCAGUUUUUAAAUUUAUAUCGAAAAAGCGAGACAUUGUAAGCUAAAACAUAUACUUCAUAUAUUUCUGUUUUAUUUGAUAAGUACAAUUGUGAUUUAUCGCGAUUGUUGUCCCCGAUUCAAUUAAGGAAAAACGGUUAGUCGGAGGCGUUAAGAAAUAAGCACAGUGCAAAAUUUUGUGAAGUAUGCAUGAAAUUGAAAAUAGAUUUAUCUCAGGUUAAAUUUUUUAUUUCUCUUCUGGUACUGAUCAGGGCCUCGAGGACAGUAUGAGAAGAAAUGCUGUGAGAUCCAUGGGAGUGGAAACCUGUCUGUUUGAGCAAAAGGAACUGGAACAGUUAUAUGCUGUUUUCAAGGUAAGUCUACACCAAUAGCCAUGAAUGUUAAAAACAAUAAAUUUGCUCCUGAGGUAAAAAUCUGUUCAAAAUGUAUUGUACGAAGUAGGGAGAAGAAUUAAACCUUCCAAUUCAUAUUUUGUUUGCAUUCUCUCCCAGCUGGGAUCAGCGACCUCGUUGACCUCGUUUACGAGUUAGUCCGUUUUUAAGUAGUCUGUCCCCUUCCAGGAUUGGCAGAGUCAAAAGCGUCCAAUGACGAUAGAAAUGAUGAUUCUUAAUCUCAAGCUAGAUUAUCAAGUUACUCGUCACUAGAGAGAAACAAAGACAGAAGACAUUGGAAUAUCUUUGCAGGGGGCACCCCUGCGACCAAGGAAAGUGUCCCCUGAAUAGAGGUGUUCUAAAGGGGAGUUCUUGAUUUAAAAGACCCAGUACAGCAUAUGUAUCUGUUAUUCCACUGUGCUUCAUUUUACCAUAUCAGGGCUAAAGAAAGUGCAAAUUGGGAACGGUAUACAUUGAAUAUAGGAAAAGUUCACAUCAAAAGCGGAGCAUCAAAACAGCUGCACAAAACUUUGAUUUGUUUACUUCCUUCAGGGUUGCCUGUAUGUGAUUACGCCUUUUGCGAUCGAUUCGAUUCUCGGGUGAUACCGUAGGAUGCAUUUCGAAAACCAGUAAAUGAAAUGAUAGUGGAGUGAUAACCCAAUUUUGGAUAGAUCAACCGAGAUUCAAUUCAUUUGCGUACUUUGCUCAUAGCUCGUACCACUUGUAGUAUAUAGACAGAAAACUCAAGACUUUGUAAGCAUUAUACAAAUCUCCUAUUGUCAUUCACCUUGUUUCUUUUGCAAAUUGACUUUCCAGGCAGGACACAUUCUGACGCGUAAUCAUGGCAACCCGGACAGUAAGGAUACUCCGCCCCAGUUUCCGCUCAUACAGAAUCAGUGUAUCGAUUGCGAGAGAUUCGCGCCUCUAUUUAAGUGCCUUACGAACUGGGGGACUGGGGAGAUUGGUCCUAUCUUGACUCAGCGAGCAUUCAAGGUCAGUGCUUAAUUAAAGAUAUCUGGGAAUGCCGGGAAACGUUUCAUUCGCUGCUUUUUGUUGUAGUGUGAGCGGUAAACUUUUAACCCGUCUUCCAUAGUGAACGGAAUACUCUUAACAGCGUUUCCAGAGGGAAUAUUCUGUCCAUUUUGGGGUGGAUGGGGCUUAAAACUUCUCUGAAUAUUCCGUUUGGGAAAAUGUUCUUUAAUGCGGCUCUCUUUUGACAUGAUUUUUAUCGUUGUCUUGCUUGUUGUUUUCCAUGCUAAGGUGAUUGAUCGAGAUGAAGACGGACUCAUUAGUUUCCGCGAGUUUGCGCAAGGGCUGGGUAUUAUCUGUAAGGGUGAACUCCAAGAUCGUAUGCAGUUCAUGUACCGCAUGCACGUCCCUCCCGCCCUGAGCGACGACGACACUGCGCAAGUUAGCGAUGAAGAGUCAGUAGACAGCUGUGAUGAGCUUACUGAAGGUGAAAGUGUUGAGGACAUGACGACGCAGUCAGUUGAUCAGCUCCCGCCGCUUGAUGAGUGCGUCUCGAGGGUUCGCACUAAAGAGGAGUCACCCGUGAGUGUUUCGUUGAAAACAGUCGCACGAAGUCAUAGAACUCUGACUGAUGAAGACAGUGAAAAGAGAGGCAGUGAAAUACCACGAAUGAGUCAGGUAAAAUGAGGGUUCUUUGAGUCAAUUUUUGAGUCAUUGUUCGAACUGCAAGCUUCUUGUUUUAUGUACACUUGGUUGCAUAUUGGUUGAUUCCUUAAAGGCCUUGGCAGUGAACGGUGAUGCCCAAUAGCUUCAUGAGUACAAAUGUACCUGAUAAACACAAUAAGGUGUGUUAGUUGCAUGUGGUAAAUGAUAGAAGCCAACAGAGAUUUUCCAUGAAUACUGAUUGCGUAACUAUGCGAAUAUCUCCCAUAAAGCUGUUGGGUCUUAUCGUUCACGGAAUAUGCCUUUGAGGUGUCAAGGCUCUGGCAAUCGACAGUACACGUAACAUGAGAAGUAUCUGGUAUAGUGGCUGCAUAAGUUACCAGAGUAAAGAUUUAGUUUAUUCUCGAGGCAAGUACGCCAUCUGGCCGGAGGUUAUCUCGGUUUCCGAAACACAAAUCGACAAGAAAUACAAUAACCUACCCCCUCCUCCCUCCCUGGACGGGAUGAAAGUGGAUUUUAGGCUUCUCCACCCCCCAAGUAUUUCGUCAGGCUUUUCUGAUGUUUCGCUGGCACUCGUUUAAGCCUUUGACUCGUAUGAGUGACGAGCAUCUAAUUUCUCCUUACAAUAUCAUCCCUGAAUCACACAUCAAAGUCGCGAGAAUAAAGGAAAUGAUCACCCUCUAAAGAAGCUAUUGACUGUUAAAUAAAUUCUCCCUGUCAGCAAGUGAGGAAAUGUGUAGAGGAAGUAUGGAGAAUAUGCAAACUGAUGUCAGGGUGUAAAGAGUUAAGCCUCUGAACCAAGAGAGGCACUGUAAGAAUGAGGUGUUUUGCUUCAGUAUUCAGCACAACGACCCGGCCAAGGGCUCGUACCUCGGAAGUCCCGGCAACUUUACGGGCCCGAACCCACAUUCUGUAAUUAAAAUUUAAAGUCUAGAGAAGCAGGCUCUGGCACUCUAACCACUCCAUUUUUUUACUUUGCCUGAUAGUUUUCUUGUAGAAUUUUCAAACCUCUUCAAAGCCCCAUCUUCGCAGAAAACAGAACAGCUUUCCGGGGGCUCGUUUAGUUAAUAGAAUCCUCGAGAAACAGGCCCUAGGUCUCGAACCCAAUCCUUUCGAUUCGUAGUCUUGCGCGCUUAAUGUUAGGCCACCCUUCCACACAUAAUAGUAAGCCUGCCAACGGUGCCCUAAAUAUUUUUCUUGUUUUUUUUUUUACUUUAUUUUGGCCUCUAUGUUUCACGCGUCAACGGAAAAUAUUUAUUCUCAAGCUGUGAUAUCUUUUCUUUUGAAGGGAAAUUUUAUUUUGUUGUGGAAAACUAUGUACUCGCUCUUCCGUGAGCUGCCAAAUGAACAACAGAUGUAUCAAGCCAUUGCAUCAGUAGGCAACAUUUUGCUUAAGCUGGGGGAAUUUGGAGGAGAGUUGAACACUAGUGGAGACAAAACCACUGAUCAGCAGUCCAAGAGCGAUGAUCUGGACCAGUUCAUGGACCCACUUCACGUAGCAGAAUUUGAAACAUCGACAUCAAACACGGAAGAUGUGUUAAGUACACCUAGCGAAAUAACUGUAACGUCAGAACUUGAAUCGUCGACUUUAGUAAAGGAAGAACUGAUUGAUGCCGCCAGGAGCAGUGAAUCUUCGCUCAGUAGUCCUGUGAGAAGUGCAGCGGGAGAUGACUUUAUUCUCGUGGGCAGCGACGAGGGGUUUAGUACACCUGAAGCUGUAACGUGCGAAGAGAAUGACACUCAAGAUACUUUACACGAGGUUUAUAACAAACUGAGUCAUAGUGAUCCCCUUUCGACAGGUGAAAACUCUAAUCAAAGUAGAAAUUCUAAUGAAAAAGACUUCAAAGAAUUGCUUGUUGUCAAAGAAGGCCACUACCCCGAAAGCAUUUUUGAUGAACGUAAAGGCCCGUCAAAUGACAGCUCUUCUUCCGGGACGGCAAUUGGAAACCAAUCACUCCAUAGGCAUUCAUCCGGGACAUUAGAUACAGACGAAUCAAAUGACAGACCGUUGUCAGGUGCGUUAGAUACUGACCAAUCAAACGAUAGACUUUCGCCCGGUGCCAUCGACCUUCAUUGGUCGAUUUGUUUUGAACAAUUACUGGCUUCUAUGUCCACUGAGCCUUAUCUUGUCCAUUAUUUUGACGAGACUGUUGACGUCGUUCAACGCCUUAAGAAAAUGAAAACGGAAGGAAUCGGAAGCUUCGUAAACGCUUCAAGGACGAACUUGAAUUCAGCAGAAUAGAGAGCUAUUUGUGGGUGCACUUACAGUAUAUCUGCUUAAGUUCCGUGAAAUAUUUUUCAAAAAUAUUUGUAAGUAUAUAACAGAGUGAAAUUAGAAAUUAUUCAAGGAAACGUUUAUUACAUAAGGUGAGUGUAAGUACACUGGUUGUCUAGAGAGAGAAAUGUACAUCUUACUAUAUGGGUUAGACGGUCACAUUGAAGCUUGAUCAACAGUUUCUUCUUAGAAUUUUGCUAUUUUGAAAUUAGAUUUAUUGGUCGUUGCAAUAUCGCGAUUUUUCGAUGCAGGAUCAUUGUGAAAAUCAAGGCUAAUGGUAACUAUGAUUUCUAAUAAGACCAGUCUGGCAUCAGUCAUGAAAUAGGACGAAUAAGGCGGUUUAGUCAAUGUCAACAGUCCUGUGAAUUAUUUCUCAGUAGGAACAAUUGGCAGGGCUUUAUCGCGCAGAUUGUUCUGGGUUGGGUUGCUUCAAGAGUGACUGGCCACAUCUAAGGAAUUAAGCGUCUAAUUUGUGUAUUUAAAAUGAUGCUCAGGCAUGAUAAAGGACAGCAAUCGGGGCGCAAAACACAUUAUUGUUUGUGUGUGUGUUUCAUUCCUUCAUCAAUGAGGUCUUUGUGGCUGCCGAACGAUGCGAGACACUCGCACCAUUUCGUUUCCAAAUCAGUUUCGCUUACCAAAAUGUUCCUAUAAUGCAAUUUUUGACUGAUUGCCUUACAGCCAAGUUAUCACAUUGGCCAAUUAGAUCUAAGGGAAAUAUCUCAAUAAGCCAAUGGCAUCUGAAAGUAAAAUGAACCGAACUACUGAAGCGCAGGAAAACGCGAGCGACCAAGUCGCGAUUGGUUUUGGUCUAACAUCUGAUUGGUUAAGAGACGGGCGCGAGUUUGCCCAUCACAAAGAAUUCAUCUUAUUUCUUUCAUUAAAUUCAACUAUCCCAUAAACUAUUUAAAGUCUGUUUCAGUUGUUGUCUUCUCCUUUGUCAACUAAAUCACAUUCGCCCAAUGGACGGAAGUCGUUCCACUGUGAGUCCUUUCCAGUAAAUACAGUUUGAAUAUAACAUUAUUAUUUUUGAAAUGUACUUAAAUAAAUUUGCUUUGUUAGAGGUGCUAGGAAAAAGACACUAAUUAAGCUAGUAAUCGAGGAAGGAGGCAAAUUGGGUGCUAAGAUUUGUCACAAUUAUCAUUAAUUUGAUAUUUAUGAUAGUUUCAAAUUAAACUAAUUAAUGGGAUUGAAAAUUAAAGGGCGUGUAUCU